AUGGUGUUUGCUGUGAAUGAGAUCAAUGAGAACCUAAAACUUUUACCCAACAUCACCUUGGGGUUCCAGAUCUAUGAAAGUUACUUCAGUGCACGCAUGGCUUAUCAAAAUACGCUGAACCUUGUAUCUCGCCAUAACAAGACGGUCCCCAAUUACAAGUGUGAUGUUGAAAGGAAUCUGAUAGCAGCCAUUGGGGGUCUUGAUUCUGAAAUCACUCUAUACAUGGCCUCCAUCUUAACUCUCUACAAAAUUUCCCAGGUUGUGCCCUUGUCUCUGUGUAACCACCGCUGUCUUCCAGGCUAUAGCAGACAAAGCAAAGAAGGGGAACCAUUUUGCUGCUAUAGUUGUGUUGAAUGCCCAUCAGGAAAGAUUUCCAACCAGACAGAUAUGAAUGACUGCUUCAAAUGCCCUGAAGAUCAAUAUCCUAACAAAGAAAAAAAUCAAUGCCUUUCCAAGGAAGUAAAUUACCUGAGUUAUCUUGAUCCUCUAGGCAUAGGUUUGUCUGUUGUGGCUCUUGCUCUUUCUACAACCACAGUCUUGGUGCUUGGAAUCUUUAUUAAGCACUGGAAGACUCCCAUUGUCAAAGCUAACAACCAAAUUCUCACUUACAUACUCCUUAUUUCACUCCUUCUCUGCUUUCUCUGUUCUCUGUUGUUCAUCGGCUGCCCCCAGUUACUGACUUGCCUUUUCCGACAAACUACAUUUGGGAUCAUCUUCUCAGUGGUUGUUUCUUCUGUCCUGGCCAAAACAAUCAUAGUGGUUCUUGCUUUCAUGGCUACUAAACCAGGAGCUGGAAUAAGGAAAUGGGUAGGGAAAAGAUUUGCAUUUGCUAUUGUUUUGUGUGGCUCACUUAUUCAAACAUGUAUUUGUGUGAUAUGGCUGAGUACUGAUCCUCCAUUUCUAAAUUUAGAUAUGACAACUCUGCCUGAAGAAAUUGUAGUGGAAUGUAAUGAAGGAUUAGGCAACAUGUUUUAUUAUAUUCUGGGCUACUUGGGUUUUCUGGCUGUCAUCAGCUUCAUGGUAGCUUUCUUUGCUCGGAAAUUGCCAGACACAUUUAACGAAGCCAAAUUUAUAACCUUCAGUAUGUUGAUCUUUUGCAGUGUAUGGUUGUCUUUUGUCCCAACUUAUCUAAGUACCAAAGGGAAAUACAUGGUGGCUGUGGAGAUCUUCUCCAUUUUGGCUUCCAGCACUGGAUUACUGAGUUGCAUCUUUGCUCCAAAAUGUUAUAUCAUCAUUUUGAGACCUGAUCUAAAUAGCAAAGGACAAUUAAUAAGAAAGGGGCGUUGUCUUACCUGA